UGCCUGGCAGCAUCAGGUAUUGUGAAGCUUCUGACUAUGAAUCUAGGCCAUACAGCAUACCUAGACAACAUCCACAGCAAGAAUGUCUAUUAUGUUCUCAAAGCUUCCAUGAGUACAUUACACAACAUUGCAAGAUGUGCAGGUGUCUUACAUCAUUUUAAAGAAAUGAAAACUGCAGAGGUGAUUUUGGCUCUAAGAAACUCCAGUGAUGACUUCCUGAAAUCUAUGGCCAUGUUAACUCUUGUGUACUUGGUGGAAGAAAAAGACAAUGCUAAACUUGUUGGUGAGACAAACAUUAUCAAGAAAAUCAUAAAUUUGUUACGAAAGGCCUUAGAAGACAAACAGAAGGGAAAAUUUCAUGGUUUAACUCCCAUUGAACUCAUUCAAGGACUUGCCAGGCUGGCCGUUUAUGACUUGAAUAAAGCAAAGAUAAUUGAGGAUGGUGCUCUGGAUGGUUUUGUCCUGAUGCUCCAAAGUCAUGAUCCAAGAGAGCAAACCUUGUGUGCUGAAUGUAUUUGGCUCCUUUCAUUUGACAAGCGUGUGCGUCAGACUGUAACUGACUUUCCUGAAUUUAUGAAUACCAUGGAGAAUUUGAAAGACUGUGAAAACCAGGUUUUGCGGAGAAAUAUCAGAGGUGCCUUGUGGCUGAUAAAGGGGGAGAUUGACACAGAUACCAGUGACAUACGUUUGCAGAAUAUUCCCAAGUCAAAGAAACAAGUUUUCAUCAGUUUUUCUCUGAAUGAGAGAGAUCAGGUCAAACAGCUGAGUUCCAGUUUAACUGCUGAAGGUUACAAGCUCUGGGUGGACUGGGAUCAGACUGGAGGAUCUACACUACAGGCAAUGGUGGAGGCAGCUGCCAGCUCUGCUGUUGUGUUGAUUUGUAUGUCUGAGAGGUACAUGCAGAGCUCUGCAUGUCGUACAGAGGCCGAGUUCAUAUUUCACCAGAGGAAAGAUAUUAUUCUCCUCUUGAUGCAGAAACAGUAUCUCCCAGAUGGAUGGCUUCAUGUCCUGGUGGGAUCCAAGACUUAUAUUGAUUUCAGUGGCAAAUAUCUUUAUGAGAAAUCAGUACAGGUUGUUAGAUAUUGUCAUACAUCAUCGACCACCAGUUCUUCAUCACUGCCACUCAGUAACAACGGCAAUGCAUUCCUGACCUCUAUGAGCAAUGAACAUGUGGAAAACUGGCUAGAAUCAAAAGGCUUGCACAGGUUGACAUCAGCAUUUUCUCAGAUUGAUGGUCAGCUUAUAUGGCAACUCAAGAGACUAAGAGAAACUACACCAGAAUACUUCUACAGCAUAUUAGAGAGGCAGUUUGGGAUGACCCUCAUUGACAUUCUGAGGUUUAAUGCAGCACUGGAUACUCUACAGUAA